AGAUAUAAAAUGAAUGAAGAAACAGCAAGAUUCAAGUGUGUCAAAAAAGGAUGUAACUUUGAUGGGGUUAAAGGUGAAGCUAUAUAUCAUGUGGUCAAAGAACACGCUCCUAUUCAUACAGUGCCGUUUUAUUGUUCUCUCUGUGGGUACAGAUGUUUCCGUUUAAGACAGCUGCAGACUCAUGUUCAGAAAUGGAAAUUUCAUCAACGUUUAUCAAGCGGGAGCCAUGAAGAUGAUGUUAAAAGCUUGUGCAUAUCAAACACACCAUAUCAAGUCACAUGGGGACCUGUAUAUGAUGGUAAAGUGGACCUCAUAAUAUAUCAGCCAACAUUAAAGAAUAUAGGAUUAUCAUCAACAACCUCAUAUAAUCAUCUGCCACAACCAGUCAGACCAAACAGAUUUCAGGAUAAUGCUGCAGCUACCUCUACCUUUCAGCCAUCAUUCUCAUCAUCAGCAUCUGGUAAAGUCCAUAUCCAAGGAGUUAUAGCCCAGGCCCAGCAUGCAUUGGAUUCACAACUGGCUCCUGCAACAGGUGCUGUUCCCUGGACCACUGGUAUGACUGGACAACAACAUUCUAUUCAUCCCCCUCCCCUGCAGCCAAGUCUUCCCCCAGCAGGUGUAGUAAGCUAUGCCAACCCUUAUCUUCAAUCUGUUAGCACUGCAGGAUUCUAUCCAAGUCAGCAAUUCCUGCAGCCAGGUGUAAUGGCAACAACAGGUCUCGGAACUCAGGGUACUUAUUCAAAUGCUAAUAUACUUAGCAAAGCAGCUGUAAAUGAACAGUUUACUCAAAGACAAACUGGUUUAGGAGGAAGUGGACAGUUGUCACCAAAGUUGGGUACCAAUCAAAGAUAUUCCAGAAUAUCCAAUCAAACUCAAGAUUACCAGUCACAAGAUGCUAGUAAAAGAACAUCCAGUUCUAAAUCACAUGACCAUUUAACAGCCAAUAAACAGGAUAGGUCAUAUGAUAGAUCAAGAAGUGAUGGUAAAGACAGGAAAAAUUAUUCAGAAGAGAGAAAAGAUUUUGUUAGCAAUGAAAGGAGAGACAACCACCAUAGUACUAGAGACCAGAAAAAUUAUUUGAACGAAAAGAAAGAUUACAGAAUUAAUGAUGAAAGGAAUGAUUAUCAUGAUUCUAGAGACCAAAGAAACUAUUCUGUAGAAAGAAAAGAAGAAAGAAGAGAUGAAAGAUGGGAUGAUUAUCAUGAUACUAGAGACAGGAGGAGUUAUUCUAAAGAAGUGAAAGACAAGAGAAACACUGAUCAAAGAGAUGAUUAUUAUGAUGAUAGAGACAUUAAAAGAAAUAAUCGAAAAAUUGAUCAUAGGGACAACAAAAAUCAAUGUCAUUAUGAUAAUGUCAACGAUUAUAGAGACUUGAAUGUAGGUGAUCACAUGGACAACAAAAAUGUUAGCCGAUACGAACAUAGAGAUGAGGUCGGUGAUUCCAGAGAUUUUAGAAAAGUUGAUCAUAUGGACAACAAAGAUAACAGUCGGCACGUUGAGAGAUACGACACAAGAAAACGUGAUGACAGGAGGGAUGAUCAUCAAAUUGAUAGAAAUGAUGCCAGGAAACACGAUGAUUAUAGGGAUGAUCGUCAUAUUGACAGAAGUGAUAUCAGAAAAUUUGAUGAUAGAAAAGAUGACAGACAAAUUGAAAGAUAUGACAUCAGAAAAGAAGACAGACAAAUUGAGAGGUACGACGUCAGAAAUCAGGAUGACAAAAAAGACUAUCGUCAAAUUGGAAGUUAUGAUGUCAAAAAACAGGCAUACAGGAGGAAUGAUCGACAAGUUGAGAGAUAUGACUUUAAAAAACAUGAUGAAAGAUUAGGAAAUCAACAAAUUGACAGUAAAAAUACUCAACAGCAAGACAGACAUACUGAUACUGGUGAUAGAAGGAGAGUUAAUCAACUGGACGAGAGAGACAGAAGAGAUGAAAGAAAAGAAACAACCUGGAGAGAAGACAAUUGGACAAGAAGAAAUGAUUCUUCAAAAUCCAAGGGAGAUAAUCGAGACAGAUUACUGGAUGAUUCCAGAAAAGCCAACAGAACAGAUUAUGACAAUAAUGAUAAAAGGAGGAGAGAUGAUGACAGAUCCAGAGACACACAUAAUAUAGACAACAAGUCAAGCAGAGACAAACGUCAUACCAACAGCCCAGAUAGGAAGAAAUUAAAGACAAAAGAUAGUGGUAAGGUCUCACAGAAAUCCCAUCGUGAUGAUGAAGACAGUGGUCUAGAUACUGACUUUAAUGAAUAUUACGAUGAUUUAGAAGAGGAAAUUCCACAGUGGCUACGGUGCACACCGUCAGAUGCUCAAUUCAACAGAGAUAAACUGAUGUUUAAAGAUACAACUUUGAUCUAUGCCUGCAUCGGAGGAAGAGAUUUACACGUUGGACUUGAUUGUGAUGAAUUUCAUCUGGUUCCUGGCGCCAUUCUUUCCCAAUUGACCAAUGAAGCAUGUCAAAGAGCUUCAGAAAUCCCAGGUCACAAGACCGUUUACUUCAUUACAGGUAUACCUGACCUUCUGACAACUCUCACAUCACCUGGUUACGAGGAAACUAUAUUUGAAGAUCGAAAUCUGUUCGAUACAUUCUAUAGCCAGAUGAGACAGACAGAGGCGGCAUUAAAAAUUCAUAAUUGUCAUGUGGUUUUUGGUACGGUUGCAACCAUGAGUCUUAAAGAUUAUAAUGCUAACAAUAAAAAGCUUCGAAAGACAUACACACUCAGGUUUGAGAAAAGUUACGCCGAAAUGCAGGACAGUCUCCAUCGUCUGCUGAAACAGAUCAACCAUACCAUUACUGGGGUCAACACUCGACAGAAGUUACUAACACCAUUUAUUCAUUCCCACCUCUGCAAGAGAGAAAAAAACAAGACCAAGUAUCGAAUGGACAAAUUGCUUGAUGGAUUAAAUCCAUGUGGAACUAUUGUGGAUGGUUGGAGGAACACAUUGAACAGAACUGUCCAGAGGAACAAAAUAAUGAUGACCAAACCAGAAUUUCUAAUGAAGAUGUAAAACAUGGCUGUCUCAUUGGACACUAGACUAGAAUUUUUUCACCUUUAUGUACAUUUUCAAAUGUUUUCCUUAGAUAGACCAGAAAUAGAAGCAAAGAUAUAUAAAGCUUAAUAUACACUAAAUUUGAAAUAAGGUGUAAAUUUAAAGUCAGAAAUCCUAGUAGAAAAUUUGCAUAGCUGUUUCUACCUGAUUGUCUUUGAUUCAACUGAACCAGAGUAUGCUAUAACACAUUAAUAUAUUUGAACAAGUGAAAAAAACAUGCCAGAAGUCUAUAAAAAAUAAAAACAUGCCAGAAGUCUAUAAAGAAUAAAAACAUGCCAGAAGUCUAUAAAGAAUAAAAACAUGCCAGAAGUCUAUAAAGAAUAAAAACAUGCCAGAAGUCUAUAAAGAAUAAAAACAUGCAAGAAGUCUAUAAAGAAUAAAAACAUGCCAGAAGUCUAUAAAGAAUAUAUAUAUAUGAAAUGAACUUCAUCAGCAAUAGUGCAAUAGAAAGAUACUUUUUUGUUUGGAUGUUAUUAUAUUAGAAGCUAUAUUCCAAGAUGGCAGACUGUAGGAAUGGAAGUUGGAAUGAACACAGACUUGCUAUUAUAGCGAACAGUUGAAGCACCAGUAUUUGAUAACAGAUAUAUCUAAAGAUUACAGAAUGACAGUCAUCAAACUGGCAGAUACCCCAUGUUGUUGAUUACUGUUUAUAAAAAUGACGCUUUUAAAGAUUUUUUGGGGAAUUUAGAGUCAAAACCAGAAAGCAAAAAAGCAAAAUAUUCAUGAAGAAGGGUUUGAUCUAGGAACUCAUAACAAUGAACUGAAAAAAGAAGUACUUUUGUAACUUUUUAUAGAAGAGCCUUUCCUCCAGAAUCAGACAGUCAACAUGACAUCAGAAUCUACAAAUAUUUACAGUAAUGCAGAUUCAAACACAUGCAUUUCAUAGAAUGGUGGCAUGUAAUUCAAGAAAACUGGAUCCAAUUAUAGUAGUUUGAAGAAGACACUUACAUAUAUAACUAACUCUUAGUUUUUUAGAGGGAAAUAAUUUAGAGUGGUUCAUUAUUUGAUAUACCGUAUACAAUUUGAGUUUUAUAUCAAGCUUCCGAAAUUUUGUCAAUUUGCCUUGUGAUUUUAGUAAUUGAUGGGUCAAAACAAAUCUUCCACAUUUAAAGUGCCAAAGUUUAGGAUACAAAAAUGACGAACUGGUGGCAGUAGAUUAAAAAAAACAACCGUUGGAUUAUUGGCACUGACAUUAUUUUGGGGUCAAUUUGUAUUCUUACAUCAAUUUCCGCCUCCAACCAUGAUAUAGAAAAAGAAGCUGCAAAGUGCUAUAGAUGUUCUGCUACUUGAUGUAACAUACAGUUUGGCAUGCAAUUUGAAGGCGUGAUAUAAGAUUGGAGUCCGAAAGGUAAUUUUCAAAUAGUUCAUCUAAUAAUAACAAGCUACAACCAUCGGACACAUCAAUUCAAAUGAAGAAUUUAGGCUUUGUCAGCAUAUCAAAUAAUUUAACUUUAACUUGAAAAUGAAUCUGUCGAAGAAGUUGUAGAAUUUCUUCUAGAUGUGGUUUUGAUUACUUUAUAGAACAUACAGGAAUUGGAUAGUUUACCAGAAUUGGACAUAUUUCAUAGUGAUGGAAUAAGUUAUUUGGUGGAAACAAUGAUGGGAAAAGUCAUUAGAUGGAAAGAGUGAUGGUCAAAAUUAAUUAAAUGAAAACAGAGAUGCAAAAAAUAGUUUGAAAGAAAAAGUAAUUUGGUGGAAACCAUGAUGGAAAAAUUGUUUGAUCAAAGUAACAAGGGAAAACUAAUUUUGGAUCUGAGAUGGAAAAAGUUAUUUUGGUGGAAACAGGUAAUGGAAAAAAUAAUUGAUGGUAACAAUGAUGAAAAAGGGAACAGAAAAGUGAUUUGGUGGGAACCAUAUUGGAGAAAUUAUUUGAUGGAAACACUGGGAUUGAAAAAAGUAAUUUGUUAAACACUGGGAUUGAAAAAGUUAUUUGAUGGAAACAACUAUUGAGGGAAAAAAAAAAUUUCAUGACAAGAGUGAGUGGAAAAAGUAAUAUAAAGAUGAAAACAAUGAUGAAAUGAUAUUUUUUUGAAAAACUGAUGGAAAAAGCAAAGGAAUAAGUAAUUUGGUGGAAACCAUCAUGUAAAAAUUCAUUUGAUGGAAAUAAUUAUUUAUUGAAUUUUUUUUUUGAUGUAAACAAUGAUUGAAAAAUUGUUUGAUAGAAAAAGCAAGGGGAAAGAGCAAUUUGGUAGAAACAUCUUAAAAAAAAAAUUUUGAUGGUAACAGUGAUGGAAAAUGUACUAGUUGGAAACCAUGAUGGAAAAAGCAGCCGAAAAGUGAUUUGGUGGAAACCGCUUUGAAGAAAUUAUUUGAUGGAAAGAGGGAUUGAAAAAGUUAUUUGAUGGAAACAGUGUUGGAAAAUGUACUAGUUGGAAAGCACGAUGGAAAAAAGCAGCUGAAAAGUGAUUUGGUGGAAACCACUUCGGAGAAAUUAUUUGAUGGAAGGAGGAAUUGAAAAAGUUAUUUGAUGGAAACAGUGUUGGAAAAAGUAAAUAUGAUUGAGACCAUGAUGGAAAAGGUUAUUUUAUUGGAAACAAUGUUUAAAAAAAAUAAUUAAAUGGAAAUAAUUCAUUGAUGGAAGAGGUUAAUUAACGGAAGUCGUGAUUGAAAAAAGAUAAUUUGGUGGAAAUAGAGAUGGAAAAAGCCAUUUGAUAGAAACAUUAACGGAAAAAUUUAUUUUAAAGAAAGCAGUGAUGGAAAAGAUUAUUUGGUGGAAACAGGUAUUUGACAGAAAUCCUGAUGGAAAAAGUCUUUAAUGGAAUCAAUGUCAGAUGGCAAAGGUUAUUUUGGUGGACACAAAGAUGGAAAGAGUUUUGGAUAUAAUAAAUGAUUGAAUAUUAUUUGCUGGAAACAAUGAUUGAAACUGUGAAGGAAAAAGAAAUUUGAUGGAAACAAGGCAGAUUCCCAGAUAUCUAAAAAAAUUGUGCUGAAACAUUACAAUCAUGAUAUUUUCUUGUCAAAUGAAUCUAUAACAAGAAAAAUAUUUUAUUAUCAAUUUAAAUCUUGUGUUAGAAUGAAUAAGAAUCACUCAUGGAAAAAUCAUACUUUUUUAGAUGUGUUAAUUUUUUUCUUACUUUUUUGCAAGAGAAGGAACUGUAACAGAGCUUUUAUCCAGGAAAAAUCUUUCCAGUCUUCAAGCUUCAGAAGAAAUCCAGAACUCAUACGCUAUAUGAAGACAUUUUAUGUUAAAAUUCAACAUCCAUUGGCAUUCAUAUAUUUCAGUUGAUGUGCAUAGAUUUUGUAUAGUGAUGAUGUAUUUGUUUCCAGUGGUAUUUGAAUCUCCGAUUUUUCAGGACACAGAUUAAUUUUUUUUGUUGGAAUUUCUUUCAUUGAAACCUUGAAUGGAAGUAAAUUUUUUGGCCCAAAAAUGUAAGCCCUAUGGUUGUUAAAUAUCUUACAUAAAGUAUUUAGACAUACAAGUCACAUAUCACUCUUUUUAAUUAAUGUCUUAUAAUUUGAAAUACAUGUCUUAAAAUUUCAUGAUGUGAUUUUUACCAAGGAUUUGUAUAGUUAGACUAUACAAAUCCUUGUAUUUACUGAGGCUGAAGGCCAAGUUUAUUAUUUAUUUUUAUUUUAUCAGCUUUAUUACAUGAAUAGGAUGCCAUUGAUUGUUUUGUUAUAUGAUUCUGUGUAGUAAACUUUUUUUCUUCAUGAAUAUAACUUUUCCCUGAAAUACAAUUCAAUAGGUAUUUAUUAGUUUGUAAUUGUGGUAAAUAUGAUCAUUCAUUAUCUUCACUUUGGACAUCAGGAAAAUGAUAAAAAAAAAAUCAUUCAUUGCUAUUAGCUUCAUGCAUACCGGUACAUAUAUUUUAUAUCAAACCCCUUUAUAAAUGAAAAGUUUACAUAAAACUACAUGAAAACUAAAUUGGGUAUAAUGCAUAUUUUACAAAUAUAGAAUAUCUUCGUGUUGAUUAGAAAUAUUUUGUAGACUUUUCUCUUGCUAUUACAAAAUGUACUAUGCUUCAGACAUCAGUAAGCUUUUAGAGAAUGUUUGUUUAAACUUUUCUUGUUGCUCUCUUUCAUUAUAAUUUUGCUGAAGAAAAAAAGUUUCAUGUUAUAUGGAAAUGUCUCCUUUUGCUUAUUUUUAAACUGAUUAUGUUCGUUUGAAUUAUUAGAAGUCUUUUGCAAGAGACUGAGUUUUUUUUAGUUUUUUUUAUCAAUAUGAAUAAAGUUUUUCAUACAGCAAUAGAUAUUUCAUUUUCAAAAUAGAAUACAACAUUAUGUUUCACUAUCAGAUUUUCAUGUCAGAGAUCAACUUUUAGUAAAUAUAUAUUAUAAAUCAGUAGUGAAAGUGUUAAUGUGCUUAAAGUGAGUCUCAUUGGGUUCUAAGUCUGACGCAGGAUUGUCAAUUUUUUAUAAGCGUGAAACGGGAUAGUCAAAUUAUUGUGCCGUGAAAACAGGAAAUUACAAAAAAUUGAGAUUUGCUUACGUACAUAGUAUAAUGGGGAUACAGGAAUCUGACAAAACAGUAAGCGGGAUCUAGGAUCAGAACCCCCAAUGAGAUCCCCCUUAAAGGAUUAACUGUAGCUUUUUUAGAUUUCAAAAUGAGGCCAGUAGAUUUUUCUAUGUUAAUUUUUGUUUUUUAUUUUUGUAAAAGGGCUUUUCUUUUAGCACAAUAUUUUCAAUAAUUUUUCAUAGAGAAUGAAUUUUUAUGGAGCUUAAGUUAUUUGAAAUUCCCUCUUUAGUUUUGAAAUUUAAAGAAGAAUGCAAUAGAAGACUCAUGCUUUAUGAUUGAUGUAUUAUCAUGGUGCAAAAUUUACUUAUAUGUCUACAAAUAUAUUACAUAUAUGUUCAAGUUUUAUGUAUUUGUAUUUAUUAUGUGUUGUUAUUCCUAUGAAAUCUGUUUAAAAUUAUUAAAUUCAGAAUUUACUUUAACCAUUGUAUCACCCACCUGAAGGUUUUUGUUUCAAAACAAAAUGUUAAGAUUUGAAGGGUUGGAAGACUUUCAUCCUCUAAAGAUCAAUCAUUCAUGAUAAAAAUUUGACAAGUUUGUUUAUUUAAAUUUACACUAACGACCAAUAUACUCCAUUUUUACAAGGUGUAUUCCAACCUUUCAAAAUCAUUGUACCUUGAACAUGCCCUUUGAAUUUACCUAUUUUCUUAUGCUUGCUUGUUUAAAUGUGUUUUGCUUGUUGCAUUUAAUAAAAAUAGUUAUCUUAUACUACAAACAAGAAAAUAUUUUCAUUAUUUAUCUACCUUUAAAAUGAAAAAUAGAUCUCUGACACAAAGCUAUCAAACUCAUCAGACACUAUGGUGACAACUUCAUUCUCUGACACUCUGGUGUCAACACCAUCCUCAUAAAUGCUGGUGUCAACCUCAUUCUCUGACACUCUGGUGUCAACACCAUCCUCAUAAAUGCUGGUGUCAACCUCAUUCUCUGACACUCUGGUGUCAACACCAUCCUCCUAAAUGCUGGUGUCAACCUCAUUCUCUGACACUCUGGUGUCAACACCAUCCUCAUAAAUGCUGGUGUCAACCUCAUUCUCUGACACUCUGGUGUCAACACCAUCCUCAUAAAUGCUGGUGUCAACCUCAUUCUCUGACACUCUGGUGUCAACCUCAUUCUCUGACACUCUGGUGUCAACACCAUCCUCAUAAAUGCUGGUGUCAACCUCAUUCUCUGAGACACAUGGUAUCAAACUCAUUCUCGGACACUUUGGUUUUAACCUUAUUCUCUGAAUUUUUGGUGUCCACAUCAUUCUCUGACACUUUGGUGUCAACCUCAUUCUCUGACACUUGGGUGUCAACCUCAUUCUUUGACACACUGGUGUCAACUUCAUUCUUUUGCGCUCUGGUGUCAACAUCAUUUUAUUACAUGCUGGUGUCAAUGUCAUUCUCUGAUAAAAAUGGUAUCAAACUCAUUCUGUCAUUUUGGUGUGUGAAACUCAUUCUCUAACAAGACGUUUUUAAACUCCUUCUCUUACACACUGGUGUCAACUUCAUUCUCUGACACUUGUGUCAACCUCAUUCUCUGACACUUUGAUGUCAAUCUCAUUCACUAAAACUCUGGUGUCAACCUCAUUCUGACACAUGUAUGUUAGCCUUAUUUUCUAAUUGCACCUAAUUUUGUAGAAAAACUUUUGUUUAAAAAAGAAUAUAUGAAAACUGUCAAUCUGAAUAGUAAAUUACUUAUACUCAAUUUAUAUUUUAUAUGGAAAUACAAAAGAUUUAUGUAGUUUGCGGUAAUUCCUAAUUGCAACUUGCAACUCCACUAGUCCAAUUGCAGCGCAGUUGGAAUUUUGAAUCAGGAAAAUAACUUUGUACAUAUCAAGGUGGUUGAAUCAACAAAAAGUGAGAGGAUUUAAACUUGCACCUUUGGAAGAAAGAAACAGAAAUAUUCUGAAACCAUUUAUAUAGUGUUUUACAUGGAUUUCUUAGGGAUAUUAAAGAAUUGGAGGUUAUCCUUAAAGGAUUAAAUGAGACAAUGAGUUAUGUACAUAUUUUAAGCUGUGAAGAUUAAACCAGACUGUGAAUAUUCAGAAAAUUCAAGGAAGAAGAGAUGAUCUGUCAGUAUUAAGUGCCACGUCAGAAAUUAUUUUCAAGUGUGAGAAAGUCCCAUUU